GGAAGGUAACAAGUGUGUAUCUUGGAACUUAAUUGCUCACCCAGUGUAUCAUUCAUUUACAAACAUAUAAUAAAUCAAAUAUUUCUUCCAGCUCUAACAUACCAUCAUCCUCAUUUACUGACCUCACUCAUAUCAAAAUGGCAAUCGAAAGAGUUCCUGAAAAGAUGCUCGCAGCGCAAGUCGUCGAAUUCAAUAAACCCUACAAGAUCCACUACAUCCCCACUCCACGCGGUCCCCUCCACGAACACGAUAUACUAGUGCGUGUGGCCGCGGCAUCUCUCUGUCACACGGAUGGCAUGGUAUUGGAAGGCAUACUGGGUACCCCACUCCCGUGUACCGCCUCGCAUGAAGGAGCCGGCACUGUUGUCGCUAUAGGCUCUAGUGUGUCGGGCUUUAAGCCAGGAGAUCGCAUUCUAUGUGGCUUAACUUAUCAUCGCUGUGGUGUCUGUACUGACUGUAAGGGUCCCGAGCAUGAGCAGCAGUAUUGCGCUCAUGGUGGAGGGUAUCUUGGAGUAGGUAGAGAUGGGGCAUUUGCCGAGUAUGAGGUUAUAGACGGAAGGGAGUGCAGUUUGUUACCGGACAAUCUGAGUUUUGAAUCGGCAGCCCCGUUGGCUUGUGCUGGAAUCACGAUUUGGUGCGGCCUCGCGAGAGCGGGCUUGAAAGCGGGAGAAUGGAUUGCAAUAGUAGGAGCGGGCGGAGGUCUAGGUCAUUUGGGGGUUCAGUUUGCUAAAGCGCUAGGUCUCAACGUCAUUGCUGUUGAUGCUAGAGAUGAAGCGUUACAACUUGCUAAAGAUUGUGGCGCUGAUGUGUUGGUAGAUGCACGUCAGGAUAAAAACAAAGUUGUAGAGGAUGUUCAAAAGGUCACGGGUGGCCAAGGUGCAGACUCUACUCUCAACGUUAGUGAUCAUGAAAGCGCUGCAGCAACAUCGGUCGCGGUUACAAAGAGGCACGGAACGAUGAUUCAGAUUGCUCAGCCCGAGAAAAUUAGCGUUCCGUUUGAAGAUGUGAUUUUCCGGGACAUCAGAAUCCAUGGGAGUCUUGUUGGAUCCCGAGGCGAAGCACAAAAAAUGCUAGAAUUAGUAUCAAAACACAACAUCAAGAUUCAAACAAACCCAUUUAAAGGCUUGGAAGAAAUUCCCAAGGCAGUGGAGCUAGCUCACUCAGGCAGAAUGAAAGGAAAGCCUGUCAUCAUACUGGAUGAAGAAGCCAUUGAAAGAGAGAGAAAGUCAGGACUACAAAUGAUAUGAGCAAGGUUCUGAGAUGCCCCUCUCUCUACCACUUAUCGACCCGAGUGAAAGAUAUGAUGACGGAUCCGAUACAAUGCCUGAGAAAUUUGGAAACUUUUUGGGGGAAAAUAAGUAAUAUUUCUGUAGCGCUGCCUUGAAGUGCAUUAAUACAAUUUGAAAAAUAUAGAUAGCACAUCUCA